GGCAUUGUGUGAUAGCAGUGAUAGUUGUGGUGAUAGUAGUUUAUUGUAAAUUAUAAACAAAUCAAUUACAAAUAUACUUGAAAUAGGUAUAUAACAGAGGGUACAUAUUCGUGUAUAACUUUCUGUGAAAUAUUUCACUUGAAAUGAAUAUUGCUGAAGAGUCAAGGUUAGAAAUAACAAGCAGAGUAGAAAAGGAGCAGGCCAAUCUCUCUCUCCUACAAGAACGUCUUUCCAAAAGCUCUCAGAUUACGAAAGGAAUAUGUAAUAUAUUGAAUACAUUUGAGCAGCGAUUAUCCAGAUUAGAGGAAACUAUUUUGCCUGUAUAUAAUGAAACUGAAAACCUUCAAAAGGCACAAUACAAUAUUGAUUGCACUUUGCUAAUGCUUGAUAAUGUAAUUGGAUAUUAUGAGGUUUCUAGUAAUGUAGAACAUAUAAUUGAGAAAGGACCUGGUGAAAAUACAGUUGAAUUAGAUCGAUAUAUAGAUGCACUAAAUAGGCUAUACAAUGCUCAGAAAUACUUCGAGAAGAAUAUCCCUCAGAGCGUUGAAUUAAUUAAUGUUUCUUCAUUUUUUCAUAAAGGAAGUGACAAAUUAAAUGCCGAAUUUAAAACAAUUCUAGACAAAUGUAACACACCUGUUUUGCCUGUUGUUCUUUUAGAUUUGAUAAAUUUUGAAGAUUGGAAAAAUAUAAAUCCUAAGGAGUCCAAGUCUCUUCCAAAACUUAUAAUGCCGGAAUAUAAAGAACAAUUGAUUAAUAUAUCCACUUGGCUUUUAAAUCACAACAGAGAUGAAUUUUUGACAGUUUAUGGUAAAACUAGAGGCAGUGUGUUACAGAGGUCUUUAACAAUGUUAAGAAAUCAUCAAAAAUCUGUUAGUGGGGGUAGUGUCCAUGGUACAACUAGCUCGCCUAUGUUAAAGCCAAAGUUUCAAACUAGACAUGAGACAAGAAGACAACCAUCAACAAGAAGAUUACAAGCUUUUGAAAGGAAAGCUGGCAGAAUGUUAUUAAAAGCUUCUCAAACUUUGGAACACUCUACAGGUUUAAAUUUGGGAGCAAGACGUGCCUCCCAUCUAGAUACUUCUUAUAGUGGAGAAGAAAUGGAUAAUGAACAAGAAAUGGAAAACUAUUUGAUUUGUGUUAUUGCUUUACAUAAGUUAAUGCAAAUUGAACAAUAUUUAAUGAAAGACAUUAUAACUGUUACACAUAGGCCUAGAGUGUUUGAAUUAAUUGUAAGAGAAGCAAUGGAUACUUUGGUUCAAGAUGGAGAGAAUAUUGUAAUGAGGGCAAAAAAAUGCAUUCAAAGACAUGACUUUGGAACAGUUUUAGUUAUAUUUCCUAUAUUUAAACAACUGAGGAGUCUAAAACCUGAUUUCGAGAGGACUGUAGAGCAAUGCGACUUAAAUGUUAAACAAAAAUUUGACUCAAUUUUGCAAAUGCUUCAGUCAACUGGUGCAAAGGCACUUGAUGAUUUUAUAGAAAGUCUUAGGUCAGAUUCAGUGACUCAACUUCCUCCAGAUGGUACUGUACAUGAAUUAACAAGUAAUGUGAUUAUGUUCCUGGAACAAUUGCUCGACUAUAGUGACACCAUUGGAAUAGUUUUGGCGCAAGAUCCCAGUUAUGCAAAGCAACUGGAAAAAUUAAAAUAUAAUGAACAGAACAAGGCUGUAUUAGGCUUGUAUAUAAAAAAAGUCUUGGUUCAGCUUAAUCACACUCUGAUUAGUAAAAGUGAACAGUAUAAUGAUGUAGCUCUAAAGUCACUCUUCAGGCUUAAUAAUAACAACUAUGUCCUUAAGUCACUACAGAGAAGUAAUUUGCUGGAGUUGUAUCUUAUAUCAGAACCAAAUUGUGAGGAAUAUUACUACAAUUCGAUACAAGAUCAUAAGAAGGCUUAUUCUCAUUGUUGGAAUAAGCUGCUGAAUUAUAUUGAAUGGAAUGAGGUAUUUACUCAUGGUGAUAAAUUAAAAGAUAAAGAAAGAGCUUUUCUUAAAGAAAAAUUUGCUGGGUUUAAUAAAGAAAUUGAUGACAUGUCUAAAUUACAAAGAGGAUAUUCAGUUCCUGAUAUAGAACUAAGAGAAAGCAUUAAAAGAGACAAUAAAGAAUUGAUCAUUCCAAAAUAUAAUGCCUUCUUUAAUAAAUAUAGUAAUUACAACUUUACUAAAAAUCCUGAAAAAUAUAUUAAACAUAAACCAGAUGAAGUAUCAGCUAUUAUUGAUAGAUUUUUUGAUGUUGCUGCAUAAUUAAUUAUUAUUGAUAUUUAUUGUAUUUUUUUCAUGCUUAUAUUUAAUAUAUUUAAUAUUAUUAA